AAUUUUAAACGUGUUUCCAGCUUAAGGACUUCAUAGGUAAUUAUUUUUUCACUGUGAACUCGCCUUAUUCCUCAGCCAACCCUGCUUUCAAAAAGUAAGUGACAUUUCAAAAUGUACUCCGCCAUGACUACAGAUUCCCGUCGUCCAUGGAAGAAAAACCUAUACGAAAAUGUCGACUACGAAGAUAACUACACAGAUCCAUCAUUCCUCCAAGAUCUCCAAACAAACAUAAACGUCAAGUUCUAUACUCUGCCAGAAGCAAUUCAAGGUGCUACAAAACUCACCAAUCAAAUGUCCUGCAUAACUGGAUUCCUCAUUGUAUUCUACUUGCUAUUCUAUGAAAAAGCAUCACCAACUGACAUUCUACUACCUAGCGGUUUAGCAACUUGUCUAGGUUAUGUUCUUUGCCAUGGUCGUCAAUUGAAAUUCACCGAUUUAAUAGAGGAUUCCAAAACUCUUCUAGCUGUUUUAAUUUUUGGUUAUAUUUUCUCACCCUUGUUGCACAAAUUAACCGAUGCCAUUAGCACGGAUACAAUUUGUACAAUGACAGUUUUUGUAUUCAUUCUCAAUCUUGUAUUCCACGAUUAUGGUCUUGAUGUUGCAAUGGUCUCCAAGACGAUAUCAUUGAAUGCUGAAAUCUUUGGAUCAAUAUGUUUAGCUUCACGAUUAUCAUCUUCUUAUAGUGCAUUUGUACUUCUUGUGCAAUCAGCAAUAUUCUUUGUUUUGUAUCCAAUUUUUACGGCAAGAUAUUGGAGACCGUGGUAUAUGGGUCCAAUUUUUAUUAUUUGUUGUUCGUUUUUGUAUGGAAUUUCGACAGAAGGAUUUUAUAUUUAUAUUGUUAUUAUUGUUUUUAUAAAUUUUGUUUGUCCUUUGAUAUUUGUGUAUCAACAGAAAUACAAAAGGAAUAUUCAUGGACCAUGGGAUGAAGCUAUUGUUGAUGAAGCUAGCAGUAUUGAUAAAGAAUUGUAA